AUGGCGCUGCCAAUGAAGACCGCGAUGAAGACUGGCAGGAAGGCCGCGAUGAAGACCAGCAGGAAGGCCUCGAUGAAGAGGAAGAGCAUGAGCACUAUCGCCAAGGGCGUGCAGGCCAAGAGCCAAGUGUUGAAGGGUGCGAAGGUGAAGACUUCGGGGGGCCUCACGAAGGAUAGCCUCAUGAAGAACAAGCGCGGCAAGGUCGUUUCGAAGAAGAAGCACGCGGCGGGCAAGAAGCUGUUCGCCAGCGUGAAGAAAUGGGCCGAGUGCGUCGCCAAGGCGAGGGCUGCACUCGGCCUGAAGGGCUUCGUGGCCGUCAACGGCAAGAAGCCGGAGGGGAAGGCGCUUUACGUUAAGGCGAAGGCCCUGUACGCCCAGGCGUAA